CGUUAUGGGGAAAGAGCCAAAUAGGCCAAUUGCCGAGCAAAAACCACCAGUUAAAGCUUACCAGACCAAUUACGAGAUGGUGGAACAAUUGGUGACGGUUUGGCUGGCACAUUUCAGACAUUGAGAUUUUAAAGCUAAACGGAAACAAGAACGAAACGUUUCUCGUCCGCGUGGACGAGGAAUCGGCAUUGACACCAUAAGCUAAACAUGGUGGCCGCCACGGGCAAGAAAGUCGGCAAGAGCGACUUGAAACAAGAAGAAAUAAUCCAAGCUGUUGUGACUGCCGAUAACUUCAGUGACAAGUUCGCGCCUAUCACCAAGGAUCAUCCAUGGGUACUUAUGCCAUUGGUCCAUCGCCCGCUCAUCGACUACACGCUACAAUACCUCAGCAACGAGGGUGUCCAGGAGACCUUCGUUUUUUGCUGCUCACAUGCGGACAAGAUCAGAGAAUACAUCAAGGAGUCGAAGUGGUCCGAUGCCGACAGCAAGAUGAGCGUGAGCGUGUUGUCCUCAGAGGACUACCUGUCAGUGGGCGACAUGAUCCGUGACCUCGAUGCCAAGGCUCUUAUUCGCUCGGAUUUCAUCCUGUUGGAUGGGGCUACUGUGGCCAAUGUGCCGUUGAGACCCAUCGUUGAGGAGCACAGAAAAACAGUUGCGAGGGACAAGGGUGCCCUAAUGACGUUGGUGCAUCGGCGGCUGCCCCCAUGGCACCGACGUCGGUGUCGUGAGGAUGACAGUGCGGUGGCCCUCAAUCCGGAGACAGGCAAGCUGCUGCACCACAUCAAGACCAGCACCACCAACAAGUGCGACUUUCCCCUGAGCAUAUUCCAGGAGCAGUCACGGGUGUCCCUUCACCAUGACCUGCAGGACUGCCACGUGGCUGUGUGCUCGCCACAUGUGCCGCCCAUCUUCGCCGACAACUUUGACUACCAGACCCGCCUCGACUUCGUGCGUGGCAUCCUCGAGCACGAAGAGAUUAUGGGCAAUUCAAUUUAUGUUCACGUCACCGACACCUGCUAUGCGGCUUCAGCAUGCAACCUCGUCAUGUAUGACGCCGUCAGCCAGGACGUGCUGCAGAGGUGGAGCCAUCCACUAGUGCCCGACCAGUUUGCCAAGGAGGGCGGCCCGGCAUGUGUCUAUCACCGGCACAAUAUCUACAAACCCACUGCAGGACUGCAACUCUCAAGGAGCUGUGUCUUGGAGCCCAGCACAUUUGUCGGCUCUGGCACCAGGAUCGGGGACAACACCGUAGUAGCAAACUCUGUGAUUGGCCAGAACUGCACCAUUGGUCGCAAUGUGCAGCUGCGAAAUGCCUAUCUGUGGGACGACGUUGUCGUGGAGGACAACUGCCGCCUGCAGCAAUGCCUGCUGGCCAGUGGCGUGGUCGUAAAGCACAAUGUCACUGUGACACCCGGAUGCGUGCUUUCCUUCGGGGUGGUGGUGGGACCCAAGAUCAUGUUAAAGGAAGGCACUUUGCUCCAGUCCACACCCGACACGGACGGCUUUGAAGAUGAGCCGGGACACGUUGAAGAGUGUGACCCUUCCCUGGUGGGCAAGGAAGGGCACGGCUUCCUCUGUCGUCCAGAGGAGGAAGAUGAUGAUGAUGACGACAACGAGGCUCUGCCCGAGGACGUUUGGGGAAAGCCGCUGCCUUCCUCGGAAGACGAGGACAGUGGUCCCGAGGAGGACGACCUCUCUUCAGAUGGCUCCGCAUCACCCGUCGACGACACAAAGUUGUUCUACAACGAGGUUGUGGAGAGCCUGCAGCGCGGUGUCGAGGAGAACGUCAAGUGCGACAACCUCAUCCUCGAGAUCAACUCUUCGAGGUACGCCUACAACAUUGCCAUGCGUGGGGUGAUAGCAGUCGUGACACGGGUGGUGCUGGAGAUGCCCCUGCUGCUCACGAGCCCGGCAGGUGGCGGCGGGGAGGCGGCGACACAGCCUAGCGCGGCAGAGUACGGCAGCAAGCUGCGCAAGUGCCUCGCCCAGUUCCGUGCCCUGCUGCUGAACUACGUCCGAGAUCCAGAGUCCAUGGCCGACUGCCUGCUUGGGCUUGAGGUGUCACCACAGGAUCAGAGUCGGCAGUCUCGUGUUCGACUUCUUCAUCCUCGUCUUCGCUUUCAUCGGGGGGACAGACAUCAGCUACAAUGCUCUGCACGGAGUUUGUUGCAUUGCAUGAACAGUACUCUGCCGCUGUCGGAGGCAUCCUCAAGUGGAUGUACGACCAGGAGCUGCUGUCUGAGGAGGCCAUCGUCCAUUGGUUCCAGGAGCACAGUCCUAGCACCCCUGGUCCAGCUGGGCUGGUCAGGAAGGCAAGGUACCAAGUGAGUUGUGGUGCCAAAUUCGUACAGUGGCUGCAGGAAGCCGAGGAAGAAAGCGACGAGAGCGAAGAGGAAAGUGAUUAGUUUGAAUAAAUUAAUACUCACUCCUUCA